AGAAGUGCUGACGGGGUGUUUUCCCGGGACAGGCCGCCGCCCCUGAUUCUGUGAGACGGAGCCGCAGCCCAGGUGGCCGUGCCAUGGCGCGGGAGGAGCAGGGCCGGGAGGAGCUGGCCUACGACCGGACGUCCACCCUGGAACGCGGCCGUCCGGACGCGGGGAGCUACGCCCCGGACACCAAGCCAGGCGAGCGGCCGCUGGCCACCAGGCUGCCUCGCUGCUUCAGCCACCGGACCUGGGUCCUCUCCGUGCUGAUGGGGAGCUGCCUGCUGGUGACCUCGGGGUUCUCACUCUACCUGGGCAACGUGUUUCCUUCCGAGAUGGACUAUCUGCGCUGUGCCGCGGGCUCUUGCCUCCCCUCAGCUGUCGUGAGCUUCGCAGUUUCCAGGAAAAACAUCAACGCAAUCCCCAACUUCCAGGUCCUCUUCGUCUCUGCGUUCGCCAUCACCACCACGUGCCUCAUCUGGUUCGGGUGCAAGCUCGUCCUGAACCCCUCAGCCAUAGACAUCAACUUCAACCUCAUCCUGCUGCUGCUGCUGGAGCUCUUCAUGGCCGCCACCGUGAUCCUCUCGGCCAGGUCCGGCGAGGCCAACGGCAGGCAGAAGGCCUCCGUCUCUGACACCACCCUCAUCUCCAGCCAAGUGGCCUUUCCUGCUCGCGUCCUGAAGUCCUACUCGGUCAUCGAGCUGAUGGCUGGCGUCUCAGCCGUGCUGGGCGGCGUCAUCGCCUUCCACGUGGACGCCUCCGUGUCAGGCCCCCACCUGUCGGUCACCUUCUUCUGGAUCUUAGUGGCCUGCUUCCCCAGUGCCAUCGCCAGCCACGUGACAGCCGAGUGUCCCAGCAAGUGUCUGGUGGAGGUGCUGAUCGCCAUCUGCAGCCUGGCGGCGCCCCUGCUCUUCACGGCCUCGGGGUACCUCUCCUUCAGCGUGCCCAGGGUCCUGGAGAUGUUCAAAGCCUACCCGCCAGCCAUCAAGCAGUCCCACGACGUGGUCCUGAUGCUGCUCCUGCUUGAGCUUCUGCUGCAGGCAGCUCUCAACACCUGCACCGUCAUCCACUGCGUGCGCUUCAAAGUGAGCUCGGCCGGGAGCGCCCUGCACCCCGGCCCGCAGGAGCACCCCACCGGGGAGGUGGCCAGGACCCCCCUGAAGGAGUUUGACAAGGAGAAAGCAUGGCGUGCCGUGGUGGUGCAGAUGGCACAGUGACUGGAGCCACG